CUUCCUCUGGAGCUAUCAAGUGAUGCUGUUUGGAAAAAUUUCCCAGCAGUUGUGUGGCUUAAAGAAACCCCCACGGUCAUGUGACUACAGAAACUUUUGGGGCUGGUUGAAUGCAGUGUUUAAUAAAGUAGAUUAUGAACGCAUCAAGGACGUGGGACCUGAUAGGGCAGCAUCUGAGUGGCUGCUACGCUGUGGGGCCACGGUGCGCUACCAUGGCCAGGAGAGGUGGCAGAAGGACUACAACCACCUCCCAAGAGGACCUCUGGACAAAUACAAGAUCCAGGCAAUUGAUGCCACCGAGUCCUGUAUCAUGAGAAUUGGAUUUGAUUAUCUGGAGGGCCUACAGCACGUUGAAAAAAUAAGACAAUGCAAGUGUCAUUAUAUUGAGGAUGACUAUUUGAAGAGACUUGGUAAACUGGAAAAUUUACAAAAAAGCAUACUGGAAAUGGAAAUAAUUUCAUGUGGGAAUAUCACAGACAAAGGAAUCAUUGCUUUAUAUCACUUAAGAAACCUCAAGUAUUUGUUGUUAAGUGAUCUUCCUGGAGUAAGAGAAAAAGAAAAUCUUAUCCAAACCUUUAGGACAGCACUGCCUUCUCUGGAACUAAAAUUAGACUUGAAGUAAAAUAAUAAUAUUCAAUAAGUGUCUUCUUUCAAUAUAAAGUAUCAUUUAAAAUUGUUGAUCCUAAAUAGCAGUAAAUAUUACAUAAUCAUCAACAGACCUUAAGAAUGUUGUAUCAUGAUGUAUCAGAAGCAGAGAGUCCAUCAUGUAGAAAAUUAAUAUUCAGACAUGACUCACUAAAGUUACUAAGUUGGAAGUAAAAAUCUAUGCACAUUAAGUCAUUUUAAGAAAAAUGGAAAGCAGGUAGCAGUUUAAUUCUGAUAUAUUCCUCAUUUUAUAUAAAUAUCUAUGUAGGUAACUUUUGUUGUAGAUGACAACAGAGUUCUUUAAACUGAUUUAGGGC